AUGCCCAGCGAACCGGCAAAGCCAAUCACUUUGAUUCCCGUCGGUCUGAAAGAAGCUGCAUUAGACUCGCCCACUUUCCGAUCUGAGUUCACCCAUUUCGUUGAGCAGCUUGACCUCGUCGAGAAAUGGCUGUCCAGCUAUUACCGUUGCAUCGCCAAAGUCAGUCACGAAGUUGCGCCCUUUGAAAGUGCAAUAAAUGUUUUUCUUUCGCAAACUGUGCCGCCUCUGCACGUAUCGGAAGCAGUGCUCGACCAUGAUUAUACGCUUCUUGCAUUGAAGAGGUAUGGAGAAUGCGCGAAAGAUUUCUGGACCGCGACGCUUUCAGGAUUGAGAAAGAUGGAAGCCAACAUGGUGGAUCCGAUCAAGGCCUUCCUGCAGGGCGACUUGCAAUCCUUCAAGGACCUAAAGCGAGGAGUCGAAUCCACUCAAAAGCAAUUAGAUAGCUUACAGUCUCGAUAUGCGUCGCAAGCGAAGACGAAAGAGCCCUCGUCCCUCAGGGAGGAAGCUUUCCAAUUACAUGAGACCCGUAGAGCCUAUCUGAAGGCUUCCAUGGAUUUUAGCGUCGGUGCACCACAAUUACGCAUGAAACUUGACAAAUUGCUGGUGAAAGUGUUUUCAGACCAAUGGCGUGACAUGCGUGAUCCUCGCAUGAACUUCAGUGCGACUAUUGCCAAAUGGGGUGGUGAUAUCGAAAGAGUACGGGGGUGGAGCCAAGAGCUGGAGAAGGGCGAAAAGACAUUUCGACAAGAAUUAGAAAAAGCUCGUAAGCAAAUAGAGGAAAAUUCAGAGACAUUGGUUCGCCCUUCCCGGGAACUGGAGGAUUAUGCUCAGAAAUCAGCGUCGCUGUCAAGUACCCAAAUUCCAAGUAAUAGACCUCGCAACAGUAAAGGAGAGAAGCAAGGCUGGCUGAUGCUCCGGACGGUGACAGGAAAGCCAUCGAGGACCACUUGGUUGAGGCGGUGGUUCUAUGUCAAGAAUGGUAUCUUUGGCUGGCUCAUUCAAGGGUCACGUUCCGGUGCUGUCGAAGAAAGUGACAGAAUUGGAGUGUUGCUCUGCAAUGUAAGAUCCGCCAGCUCUGAUGAUCGAAGAUUUAUAUUCGAGGUCAAAACCAAAGAUACUACCCUGGUAAUUCAAGCCGAAACACAGACUGAGCUAGACGAUUGGCUUUCAGCAUUUGAGAUCGCAAAGCAGAAGGCUUUAGAAACACCGGCAAAAUUCGACUCUUCAGCCUUCGGGCAAAAGAAUACCGAUCCUGCUUUCUCAAUUUCUCCUCCGAGCGCUCCAGAGUUUGCCGCGAGUCUAGCAGAUUCAGGCGCAUUACAGGCUAUCGAUGACGGCCAGAAUUUAGGUGGAGUUGAUCGCAGCUCCACCUUGCCAGUCCCAGGGGCCGAUCUAAGCACAAGAAAUAGCUUUGACGUCAAUAAUAGUCGUCGCUCCUCGGGAAUAGAUGGCAACAAUGAGGGCACUCGAGAGAGACUGAUGUCCAAAUUAGACCUGCACAAACGGUCGACAGGAGGUCUUAGUGGCAGCUCUUCAGGAGGGGGCAUAGCAAGUCUUAUUGCAGCAAGUCAUGGCUCAAUGCCAGUUGGACCUGGAGCACCACCUCCAACGACUCCUGACACGCCAACAAUGCGAAAAGUAUCGACUCCCUUGUCGACAAUUCGUGAGAUGCCUACCAGCAGUCUCGCGCCAAGCACGCUUGCGAACCCGCCUGCGCCGACUAACCUCAGCGCGACAGCUGUUGUCGUGAAUGGUGAACGAGGCAUCGGCCUUUCACGUCCCGAUUCUUCUGGAGGUCUGCCAAGUGGAUUUCUCGCAAACGUGUGGGGCAGUUCCAAUUGGGGCUUUCUGAACAGAUUGGAACGAGGUGAAGUAGAUGACGGCAAGCGAACAUUUGUAGUUGCAUCACAACAAGUACCUACCGCAAGCGGUACUGAUCACUCAAAUGCUCCGACUCCACAAGAUCCUCAGAAAUCUCCCAGCAUAAGUCCUGCAGUUACACCUACGCAUCGUAAGACAAUCAGCCUUGAUGGGGACGAUUCAGCGGGGCUUGAAUCCCAAAAGAAUACGGUUCUAGAGUAUCCUAACUACUAUCCACUUCAACUCAAAGCGCAAGAUGCUCAAUUUCGGUUACUCUUUCCAGACAUUGGACGUGACGAGAGAGUAGUUUACGUAUUCAAAGCGACGUGGAAUCCUAAUGACCAGCAAGAAUUCCCUGGUCGAGUUUAUGUCACGCCGAAGGAGAUAUUUUUCUACAGUAAUCAUUGCGGCAUGACAAUGACGACAUCCCUCCAAUUGAAAUCUAUAGAUGAAGUUACUGCUGCUAAUGGAAGGGACUGGGAUGUCAUAUUCCUCCAUCUAAAGGAGCCAACUGGGAGUUCUGGAUUCACACGGAUUACCAUAAAAACUUUCUUAGAGCCCGUAAAAUUGGUGCAGCGGAGGUUGAGCUUUCUUGUUAGGAAUUCUGCAGAAAUAUCGACUAGUAUUGAAGAGAUCAUGAAAACAUUGAUCAAAAUGGAACAAGAUGAUUCCGGUGGAAGUCCCAGUGAGAACAGCUGGGAAAAUGUGUCCAUUAAUACUCCUGUCGAUGGGACACCUCAAGCAAAUCGACUUGCUACACAAAGGGACCAUAGGGAUCUCAGAACGAAUGUGCUGAUUGAUCGUGGCCUGUUUGGUGAAGCAUCGGAGCCCGACAACGGUAGGCAAGCGAAGCCUUUCAAACUACCUAAGCAGCCUGUUAUUUUUGUGCCUUCGAACAUGGAUCAGUUGGUCGUGGAGAAAGAGUUCGAUGUCAGUCCCAAGGCGCUCUUCCAUGUUAUGUUCGGAGAUAGGAGUGCGGUGUGGCAGCUUCUAUAUCACGAACGUCAAGCACAGCAUAUACGACAAGGCCCAUGGACGCAGCCAGCAAAAGGCCAUCUCAGACGUGAUUUUGAAUACGAGAUUGAAUAUCUAGAUAUGCUCCGACGAGUCCGCGUUGCUCCCGUUCAAGAUCAUCAAGUCCUUGACUCUGCCACUGAACAUCUGCUCUACUGUGUAUCUGACCGCAAAACACCUUGGCAUCUUCCUCUCCGCAAAGAAUUUGUCUUACUCAGCAAAAUCGUCAUUGCUCAUGUCGCAAAGUCCCGAUGCAAGUUGACCAUUUACGUAAAAAUUGACUGGACGCGGAAGACAUUGCCGCUCGCAAGCAGCUUGAUUACACGUGCUGCUUUGCAAGACAUGAAGACUGAUGCCCUCGAUCUCUCAGACGUACUAUCAGAUCAAGUCAGAAAACUUGUUGGAGUUCACAGCCGGACGAAGAAGGCUAUUUCCAUUUUCGGCAAGGUUGGACAGCAGACGCAAGUAUCUGAGUUCGCCGGCAGUGAUUCUCCUUUAAAUGCACGGCUACGUCGUUCUCGAGUACGCCGCUCAUUGACAAGCAUAUACUUGCAAGGUCUUGGAUCCUUUGCAGAGACUGUAGCUACAUCAAUCCUUCAGAUCGUCGGCAACUUCAUCGAGUGGCUAUGGAACACAUUCACUGCAAAUUCUGUGGUACUUCUGCUUCUCGGCUCCAGUGUACUCUUCAACUUCUAUUUCUCUUCAAGAGGAAGUGCAGAAUGGUGGCGAGAGCGUAAAGCCGUUAAGUACAUGGCGAGCUUAGGUGUGAGCUCUGACGGCACUAUGAGCAAAGCAAUCUACGUAAAUCACAUAGAAGAUGCCACGUCUCUCGAAACGCCCGAUGAGACAUCAGGCUCGCAGUGUAGAGAUGCUUUCGACAGCAUUAUGAAUAUCGGAGACCCUCUUACCAGCAUUCCAUCACCCGGAUCUGCCCAGCAGACCCGCACUCCUCAAUCUCUACAUUACCAGAACACCCGUCAACACCUUGGCACUCGUCGCCACGACCUCAUGGUAGCUAUGCGGGUCGUCAACAGCAUAGAGCGGGAAUUAAUCAGAGGGGAGUGGGAGCGCUGGCUCGUUGAGGAGACCACGCGGUGUAGACAAUUAGGAACGCUGCUGAAAGCCAACACAACGGACGGGCCAGACACUGGCCUGGGCAGAUUACAAGCGAACAAGGAAGCAUUGACCCAUUGGUAUGAAAGUUAUUGCCCCAGCUGUGAAGAGGAAGGUGCCAUGGCGGUGCGUCUGUGA